GCUGACAUUUCGGUAGGUUUGGGAUUUACUCCAAGAUCCAGGGUUCGAGUUCGGCUCAAGCAAUGAUUUGUGUUUUUAUUUGGAAAAUCAAGUGCAGUAAACUAUCGCUUCCUCAUUUCAGUAUUAGGCCUAGCAGGUCUUAUUAUGUAAUAUUUAGCAUAAGUCUGUCUCGACAGUUAGAAUCAUUUGACGGCGCACUGGAGCUAGCUGCAAGUUUGAUGGGUUUGAACAGCAGCUGUAACACCUUAUUCCAGAACGAUUGGUCCCUCAACAUUUUAGUCCAACUCUGGGGCCAUCUGAGCUGAUGAUUCAAGUCUCCAAGUUGCCACAGGUUAGGACGAACAUUCGAGGGACUCACCCCGACCUGGUUUGCACAGUUUGUGCGCGUGCAACAUCAAGUUUUCAUCAUGCAAAAGCCCGCUAUAAUAUUUGUCCAUCUCUUGUGAGUUGUGCAAAUUACAAUGGAGUGUUGGUGCAUGUGCUCGAUUGAAUCAGUCGGCGCAUGUAACUCGCUCGGCAUUAUGUUACUUUCCCCUGGUUCCUCCGUAGCCUGGUUCCCGGUCAACGACUCAGCCUGCUAAACUUGACAUUAAAGAGCCGAGCGAGGGAGACAAGCUGUGUGACUCACCCUCGGUUUAGAAGCCUGGAUAAAGUCGACUUGUUAGGCUGGCUUCCAUCCAGUGAUAUUCUGCAGCGGGCACUUAAGCGUCUAGGUUUUUUCUUUAUCUGUCCAUGAGAGGGGGCUUCGUUGAGCGCACCUUGGCGAGAUCCGUCGCCCGUGUGAAGCCGGGGGAACCAUGGGGCAAACGCACGCUGGAAACUCUAUCACGAGAAGAGUCAAGGAUGAGAAUGCGGAUCAACCACGUCGGCGGAUCAAACUGGCGCACAGACGGCAUCGACUCAUAGCAAGAUGGUCACAGUAUGAAAGUUCCUCUGAGGACGAUGUCUUCGGCUCGUCUCGCCCGCGUAGCGUCUGUGACAGCGAACACGGCUCUGUCGCGCUAAAACAACUGCACAAACUCUCCCAGUCCUACCCGGAUAAAAUUGACUACGGUUCGAAUCCCAUCUUGGGGUCUGGCGAUAACUGCGAGGCGCUCUCGGUGUCGGAGGCCCGCUCGUCCCGACUCAGCGAGACGACUUUCUCAAGCGCCGAGACCCUCGUUGCUGACGAUGAGUCGUCUACAUUGAAACGAGUCAAGUACCGCUCCAACGAAAUCCUCUUCCGCUCCAGCAAGAGUCUGAACGAAGUGAGCAGCGUCAUCAGGCCGCUGCCUACCGAGGACAGCGCCGAAGUACGGGUGGCUGAGGUGAAGGACUCGCCCGAGUCUGACGUGGGGCCGGAGACAGAGAUGGUCGGUGACGUGGCCAGACUGACCGUGCUGGCGGAGGACACUCACGAGAGUGCUAUCUCGUGGAAGCUUGGGGAGAACGAAGGGGAGAAAAGGGGUCGAGAGGCGGAGGAGGCUACACCGAAAGACGGUGUAUCGGUGGAGGUAUCCAGCGUGCAAGACCCCAGCAGUAUUGUCCCAGUUCCUGGUUCUGAGGAGCCCAACGAGCACGGCAUAGUAAUCCCGGCCAAUGCCAUCUUCGGCUCCAGCAAGCGUCGCAAGCGGACCUUAACCAGCAGGAGCCGGUCUUACAAACUCGCCACUGACGGCAUGACUACCGUCAGCCCGGCUGCCAGCCCACCUACCGUGCCCAAGCGACCGUCUUCCCGGCCGCCCAGGCCCGCCGAGAAGUCGUGGCUGAAGACCGGACACCUUGCUCAUCAGCGGAGGAACUUCGUGCAGCGGGAGAACGAGAGGAAUGCUCGGCAGCAGCAGCAAGCAGAAGAGGCUUCGAUCUGGGGACAUCGCCGGACCAAAUCGGUGGCAGCGAGCCACAUGGUCGAUCGACAGACGAGCCUUGCUGCCUGCCAUCGCAGAGCCGUCUCCAUGAGGGAUAGCAUUGUUGAUAACGAUAGAGCUUACAAUCUUUUGAGAUGUUUGGACAGCGGGCUGCGGUUGUGGUGCAAGCUCUCAUCGGAUGGAUACGACAGCAGUAUUCUAAUCUCUGACAAGACUGGUAACCUACUGGAGGUAGCAGACGACACACAGACGACCGUCAUAUGCCGUAUGGGUGGAUCGGUGCGGUGCCGAGUUGAUAUCUCGGAAGCUAUCUGCGUGUAGUAAUGACACACUGACAUCACAUAGUGGAUUUUUGCGGUGCCGAGAUGACAUCUCUGAAGCCAUCUGGGUCCAGACCAGUAAAUACAAUGCCAUAGACCUAAGUGGUAAUUACGCGCACUUCAGGACACUUCAGGUGUUCAGGACAAAUUAAAUCUUAUUUCAUCAUCUUUAAUUUUCUGUUCAAUUUUUGGGGGUAAUCCAAUGACUUUUUGGAGAAAUUUCCAUCC